GAAAAUUGUUUCUAUUUUUUACACUGGCGGUGAUAAAAAUGUGUCUUUCACACCAUUUUCUUUUCUACAAGUCUCUCCAUUGAAACGAAGAGGUGAACUAUUCUGCUCGCUCUACGCCGAAGCUCUUCUCAUCUUCUUCGCCGCUGCUACCACCGUCACCAUACUCCUCAUUCUCUCUCCAGAUGAGCAGACCUGACUGUUUGAAGGAGAAGGACGAAAAAAGUAAUUGGCGUUCUGUGGAUAAUCACGAUGAAGAUAGUGCAGCCCGCACAAGACCAUUUAGUUUUGAAGAUAUUAUGCUUAGAAGAAAAAACAAAGAGUUGCUUGAAAAUGUAAAAGGUCCUGCUAAGGAAGUGUGGAAUAAAUUACCUGAAGGUUCUUUGGAGAAAAUUGCUGAUCGUAUUGAGUCUCCAAGAAUCUAUAAACAUCAUAAGAUUCCAUCCUUUAAAAUGGAGAAACAUGCUUCAGAGGAAUUAGUGAAUGCAAGUUCUAGAAAGAAGGUUAAGAGCACCAUCGUGACGAAAGAUGAUUUAAUUGAAGGGAGAGAUAGAACAAACAAUAUUUUAGAAACCAAAUCAAGUGCUGGAUUAAAUAAUAAAGGCUGGAUAACUGAAGAAAAGACAAGAGAAGAGGGGCGUGGUCAGAAUAAAGCUGAGAAUAAGCAUUCAAGAGAUUCAGAUAACAAGCAUAGUUAUGCAGUAAAAGAUACAUCAAAAUCUGAAAGGAAAAUAAAUAAAAAGAACCACAAUGAAGAGGAAGAGAAUCAUAAUGAGCAUUACACAGAAAGGAAGCACGGCAAAGAUAGACAUGAUGGGGGGAAAAUAAAAAGGUUGAUGAGCAAUGAUUUUGAAGAAGUUCCUGAAAAGAAGCAUCAUAGAGACUCAGAUAAGCAUAUCCAUGCAGAGGGUAGAGAAAAAUAUGGAAGAGAAAUCAAUAAGGAACCAAGAGCAAAAUAUGAAAGAGAAAUCAAGAGAAAAUAUCGAAAUGAUGAUGAAACUCAGGACAGGAAUGCAAUGAGGAAACAAGAUAUUGCAAAGCAUCAUAACCCACACAUUUAUGAGAGGAAGAACAGGCAGGAAAAGGUGAAGCCACAUUAUGAAGAACCAACCAUGAAGAGGAGACGGUCAAGAAGUCGGGAGCGUGAGGAUAGAAGAAAGCCCCGUUCUCUUUCACCAAGGGCACACAGAAAUACUUAUCAAGAUGGAGAGCGUAAAGACUUGUCCGUGCCUUCUCUGACUGAUAGUUCUAGAAAAAAGCACUCUGAUGAUAAAAAUAGAGUAUCAACUAAUGGUUCAAGUAGAAGAUCAAGAAGUCAUGAGCGGGAGGAUAGAAGAAGGUCUACUUCUAUUUCACCAAGGGCACACAGAAAAGCUUAUCAAGAUGGAGAACGUAAAGACUUGUCCAUGCUUUCUCUGACAGAUAGUUCUAGAAAAAAACACUCUGAUGAUAAAAAUAGAUUAUCAACUAAUGGUUCAAGUAGAAGGUCAAGAAGUCGGGAGCGUGAGGAUAGAAGGAGGUCCCCCUCUUUUUCACCAAGGGCACAUAGAAAGACUUAUCAGGAUGGAGAGCGCAAAAACUUGUCUAUGCUUUCUCUGUCAGAUAGUUCUAGAAAAAAGCAUUCUGAUGAUAAAACUAGAGUAUCAACUAAUGAUUCAAGUAGCCACCAUCGACGAUAUCGACAUAGUAGCCCUGCUAGUGGACUUGGUGGCUAUUCACCAAGGAAGAGGAAAAGCGAAAUUGAUAAAAAGACACCUUCACCAUCUAAGCAUUCUCCAGAGAAGAAACGUCCUGGAUGGGAUCUUCCUCCUGUAGGGACAGAUCCUACUCUAGCUCCUGUUUCUUCUGGUUUUGAAUUAUCAAAUCAUAGUGUGUUGUCCAGCAUGCAUGAUUUGGCUGCUGCUACUUCUCUGAAUCCAUCCAUCGUGAAGCCUCUACCAGUGUCAUUUUUUAAUGCAGUAUCAACAGGGAAGAAUGCCAAUAUUGAUUCUGUCCAACUGACACAAGCUACCCGCCCUAUGAGAAGGGUUUAUCUUGAGAAUUUACCAGCUUCUGCCUCUGAGAAAGUUGUGAUGGAUUGUUUCAAUAACCUCUUGCUUUCUUCCGGUGUAAAUCAUAUCCAACAAACUCGGCCAUGUAUCAGCUGCAUUGUGCAUAAAGAUAGGGGCCAAGCGCUUGUGGAAUUCCUUACAGCUGAGGAUGCAUCAGCUGCUCUUUCUUUUGAUGGCAGUAAACUAUUUGGCUCUACAGUGAAAAUUAAACGUCCCAAAGACUAUGUUGAAUUUGCAACUGAUGAACCAGAGAGAUCAGUGGAAGUUGCUGCCACAAUAAGUGAUGUUGUAGUUGAUUCCCCAUACAAGAUUUUCAUUGGUGGAAUUUCAAAUCACAUUUCUUCGGAGAUGCUUAUGGAGAUUGCUGGUGUGUUUGGAUUUUUGAAGGCUUACCACUUUGAGGCAAGGGUCAGCAAUGGAUCAUGCGCUUUUGUUGAGUAUGUGGAUCACUCUGUUACUAUCAAAGCUUGUGCGGGUUUGAAUGGUAUGAACCUGGGAGGGGAAGUAUUAACAGUUGUUCAGGCUAUGCCUGAUGCAUCACCUGUGGAAAAUGAUAGUAAACCACCAUCUUAUGGCAUUCCAGAGCAUGCAGAGCCACUGCUCAGAGAGCCAACACAAGUACUGGAGAUUAAAAAUGUGUUCACAGUGGAGUCUCUAUCAUCUUUAUCUGACACGGUAAUCGAAGAAAUUUUGGAGGAUGUACGAUUGGAAUGUGCAAGAUUUGGGACCGUUAAAUCAAUUCAUGUGGCCAGGCAUUGCAAGGACAAUAAUUUAGCAACCAAAUCGGAAGAAGUUAUAAAGAAAGUGGGUUCCGAAGAACCUACUCCAGACACACACACUGUUACUAAUGAUGCCGAAUCUAGUUUCUCUGAAGAGGCUACUUACUCCAAUUCUAAAGGAACAGGUGGAAUGGAGUCCCAUGGUGACAAAGUGCUAGAAGAAGACAAAGAUAAUGAUGGUACUAGUGUUAAUGUUGAUAAAAAUGCUGAAGUUUUUGAUAAUACCACAUGUCAAGAGCAUCUUGUGAGUGAUUCAACAGUAAUAGAUGCUGGCAAUGAAGAUUUGCCUAGUAGUACCAUUCAAGGAUGUCCUGAUCAGGGGAAUACACCUAAUGAUGAUCCAGAGUUACAUGAUAGCAUGAUUGCUAACGAUAUUGAUGUUGAAAAGACAGUGAUUGGCAAUACGGACUCAGAAAACAUGGUUUAUCCACUUCAGGAAGGCUUUUCUGAAUGUGAUGCCAGUUUAGAAUUAGUUGGUAACAGAAAGGACAUUAAGGAAGAAGAUGAGGAGGAAGAUGAUACUUAUAAUCAUGUAUUUGAAGAAGGUUCCGUUCUUGUUGAGUACGCAAGAUCUGAAGCAUGUCGAUCUGCAGCUCAUUGUAUGCAUAGACGUCUCUUUGACGGCAGAUUGGUGUCAGUUCAGUAUGUUGCUCUGAGUCUAUACAGAGAAAGGUUUACAAAAUGAGCAAUUCAAAUUGAGUGGCUACUCUUGGUUAUACGAAGAACAUAAAAAGUGUUAUGUGAUUGUGCAAGAACAGGUUAAUUGGUCUGAUUGGCUAUAUCAGCAUGCUUCUUUCAUGUAAGAUCUGCGAGGAAUGUUUUUUUUUUUAAAAAUUGAAUAUUUAGAGAGGGAAAAAGCAUGAUUGAUCAAUGCCAAUGUGAUAAAAAUGUAGUAGCAUAAUCAAGUUUGGAGCUGCAGAUGACUUGUGAAGACUUGCACCUAAUGUUUUGACUUCAGUUUCACUUUGGCUGGGUAGUCUCAUCAGUUAUACUAGUUGGAGAUAUUUGUUAUGCAAGGUUUUGUUGCAUUAUGAACUAGUUGUAUCAUCAGGUAGUUUUAGAUGUUACUUAAAAGGGCCAUGUAUUUUUUUUAUAAUAUUUAGCCAAACGUAUAGUCUUUAAUUACUAACUUUUUAUAAUCGUUGAUGUGACUUGAUUUCUAAUAUUUUACCUCUCAAUAUAUAUUAGGAACGACUA